GUGUGUGAACAGGAGGUAUUUUGGAGGUAAUAUUCAAAGUGGUUGGGUGUUGUGAAGUUUUAUUGAGCUAUUCUUGAAUUCGUCCUCGCGAAUUAUCAUUCAACUAGGAAAUAACAACGAUCUUUUAUCUGGUGGAGUCUCUUAAUCGGCUGAUUCCUAUCGUGUGCAGUUAUAGGUACCGAAAUGGCAACUUCGCGCUCCGAGGAUGGAAAUGCUCCAGUACUUUUUUCACUAGCUGACCCAGCAGAUAUUGAUGCAUUAAAGACAUUGGCAGAUUUGGCUGGUAUCAAGGCGCCAGGCAACACUAUGAAAAUUAUCAUUGAAUUGAUAACAAUGGGAGUCCCGCCUAUGGAAGUGCAUUCACUGGUGAGAGAUGUGUUGGCAAGCAAAUCUCGUUCAAGGCGAGCAGGUGUGAAACAUUCCUCUAGACAAUUACAGGCUACACCUGAGACAAUUCAGGAAAACACUGCUCCACAACCACAGUAGCAACAUUCAGGUCAAAUUUUAAUUGCUUUUAUUGUUUAUCUUAUUUGUUAUUUUAUAUGUAGAUAUGUUUAAGAAAGUAGUUCUGAAGCUGAAAUAUGUGUCAAGAAAUUCUCCACGCUUUCUUUGUGUUUCAACUGGGUGGCCAUGCAACCUGGAUCAGGGAAGUUAAGGAAAAUGACUAAGUUUUGUAUGUCAUUGUUGUUUUAGAGUUUUAAGCCCCAUUUUCAAAUUUUAUAUGUCCAAAAAGUUGUCUAAUAACUUUAUUGAAAAGUCACAGAAUUGGGCAACCUUGAUUGUUUGGCUACUGAUUUAAUUGAAUGAAGGUAGCAUAUAAGUGAGGGAGGGAAACACAGUUUGAAGACUUUUCAUAGUUAGUCUUUUUUAUUCUUCAUCGUCCAGCUUUUGUCUUUCUUAAAAGCACAUUACAGAGAUUUUGAAGUUAUGUCAUUGGAAACAACACAUGUUCAUUUUUAAGUACUCGAAAUCCUUGUUUAUUUUUUAGAGUGUAGCCUUAGCUUCACACUUAUAAUUGACUGUCCCUAGAGAUGAGAUAUCACAUUCUCUGCCUCAUAUCAAAAUAAAAAUCUCACAUCAUACUGUAAUUACAUAAAAUAUAAAAUAUAAAUACUUACGAAGUAAAUUAUAA